AUGUUAAUUCAAAGAGUGAAUUUGUUUAAAAAAGUUUGGAAACUCCAGAGCUUUAGGUGUUUGUCUACAAAAGCCCAGGAAGUAGACAAUGUGGGUCCUAUAGUAUUCCAGAAACUUGGUGGAGAAGAUAAAGGCAUUGCAAUAUACGGUAUAAACAGUCCCGAAAAUAAAAACGCUCUCAGUUUUGACCUUAUUAAAUGUAUGAAGGAAAUCAAUCAAAUUAUAAAAGAAGAUAUGAAGAUCUCUGUUGUGAUAUUACACAGUUUGGUUCCUGGGAUAUUUUGUGCUGGUGCAAAUCUAAAAGAAAGGUUCCAGAUGAAUGAAGAAGAGGUGGCUGUGUUUGUUAGAGGAUUAAGAAAUACUUUUAUUGAAAUAGAGGAUCUCCCGAUGCCAACAAUAGCUGCCAUAGACGGUGUAGCUGUUGGUGGGGGUCUGGAGCUGGCUCUAGCAUGUGAUAUUAGGGUUGCAGCGGAUACUGCUAAGUUGGGACUCGUAGAGACUGGGCGGGGGCUCAUCCCUGGGGCUGGGGGCACCCAGAGACUGCCGAGAGCUAUACAUCCUAACAUAGCAAAGGAACUAAUAUUUACAUCAAGAAUUGUUAAGGGAUCAGAAGCCAAAGAGCUGGGCAUAGUUAACCAUGUGGUCCCACAGAAUAGUAGUAAAAAUGCUGCUUAUGACAAAGCAAUCGGAAUAGCAAGAGAGAUCAUAUUGAAUGCUCCCAUCGCCCUGAGGUGUGCAAAACAAGCUAUUAAUGAAGGGGUCCAGUUGAGCAUCAAGGAUGGGUAUGAAGUGGAACAGAAAUAUUAUGAGAAGAACAUUCCUACCAAGGACAGACAGGAAGGAAUGCUGUCCUUCAUGGAGAAGAGGAAACCUCAGUACCGGGGACACUGA